AUGAAGACAAUUUAUAAUGUGUGUCAUAGAUUUAAAGUGAAAAAGAAGGUCGGAAGAUCACAGAUGAAACAACUGUUGGGGAAGUUAGCAGAACAUAAAUACAUUGAAUGGCAUAGAUGUGAACAGAAUACCAUGGUUGUCAUUGACCUCCUUUGGGCUCAUCCAUUCAGUUUGGAUUUGUUUCAUGCGUUUCCACGUGUCUUGAUUAUGGACUCUUCAACAUAUUUACAGUUCGAGCGUACCGAUAACUAUGUAUGGGCUUUGAAUAUAUUACGUGGUCUCAUGGAUGAGAAUAUUUUUCCUGAAGUUAUUGUCACAGAUAGAGAGCUUGCAUUGAUGAAUGCCAUUGAUGUGUGUAUAAGGCCAUACAUUAAGCAUGUGAAGGAUGUAAGUCCUGAUGGACAUUGUGGAUUUAGAUCGAUUGCUGGUUUGAUUGGUCGUGGUGAAGAUCAUUGGGUUGAAGUAAGACAUGACUUGUUACAGGAGUUACACACUUACAAUGAUUUAUAUACAAAGCUUUACGAAUCGUUUAAAAGGAUUGAAGAGCUUGCCUAUAGUUUGACAUACUUUGAUGCAAAACCAGCAUGA